AUGUAUGUAGUUAAUGAUUUCCAAGUUUCCAAUUAUAGUAAAUGUGGUCAGGGAUUUAUGGUGGACAAUACAAAGUAUAACUUCAACGUUGGUGAUCUUAUGACUAUGAGCAACGACAUAUCUUUCCCAGUGGUUCUUGAAUGGUUUGUUGGCAAUAGUUUUUGUAACAACGCAAAAAUGGACAAUGAAACCAACAUGUGCAAAGGGAAAAGCGUAUGCCAAGAUGCAGAAAGGAAACCCGGUCAUCCUGCGUAUCGCUGCACAUGUUCUGAUGCAUAUGGUGGAAACCCGUAUGUUAACGAUGGAUGUCAAGGUAAAGCUAUGGCAGCGAUUUUUGGCGUUGCAGGAGCAACUAUAGUUAUCACUUUGACAUAUUGUGGAAUAAAGAAAUGGAAAAUAAUCAAGGAUAGAGAGUACUUUUUCAAACAAAAUGGUGGAAUUAUGCUACAAAAAUUGUUAUUUGCAAGGAAAGAUCGUGUUAACCGUUAUGCGCUAAUAUUUAACAAUGAAGAGUUGAAAAAAGCUACCGACAACUUCAGUAAGACCAACAUUAUAGGCCAGGGAGGUUAUGGUGUUGUCUACAAAGGAAUCUUAGCGAACAAGACGAGCGUAGUCAUCAAGAAGUCUAAAGUUAUUGACCAAAGUCAAAUAAAUCAGUUCGUGAAUGAGGUGAUCAUUUUAUCAAAUAUCAAUCAUCCAAACAUCGUAAAACUCAUUGGUUGUUGCUUAGAGACACACGUUCCGUUGCUUGUUUAUGAAUACAUAAUCAAUAACACCUUAUGCCACCACAUACACAAGGAAGCGAUGAUGUCCUUGGAAACACGGUUAAAGAUAGCUACAGAAACUGCAAAAGCUCUUUCUUAUAUGCACACGACCACACAAAUAAUCCAUAGAGAUGUCAAGCCCUCAAACAUACUACUAAAUGAUGAAUUCUCUGCCAAAGUUUUGGAUUUUGGAAUUUCAAGAUUUGUCCCUCCUGGUCAAAGCCAUCUAUCAACAUAUGUAGAAGGAACUAUAGGCUAUGUGGAUCCUGAGUACUUUUGUACGGGCAAACUGAAUGAGAAGAGUGAUGUUUAUAGUUUUGGAGUUGUUCUUGUAGAGCUACUUACUGGAAAAAAAAUUCAUUCCUUAGAGAUUUCAUUAAAUAUAUUUAGGGGAGCUGCGGCAUAUCUUACUUCGUUGUUGGAACGAAACGCAUUGUUUAAAGUUCUUGAUAAACAGCUUAAGAGUGAGGUGUAUGCUGAGGUGGUGAAAGGUAUUGCUAAAAUAGCAAUUAACUGCCUUGAUCUUGAAGGGAAUAACAGACCUACAAUAAAAAAAGUACUAACAGAGUUGGAACACCUAAGAUGUGUGUUGUCAUCGAUUAACGCCAAAGGCCAUAUAUCCUGCAGUUGA